GUUACAGUUACAGUUUCAGUCGGACCACAGAUGCAUUUGCAUUGAUUUCACUGAAGCUGGAAAACACUACCUGUUGUUGUGCAGUGUCACGUACCGAUUUGACUGGUAAAUGAAAUUAUUCUUCCUUCUAUUGUAUUUCUUUAUAAAACACCCUCCUGUCUAUGCAGACAAAGCCUAUGAAUUUGAUAUCAACCCUCUGCCAUAAGUCACCUGUCCCUGCGGACACAUUCAUGUCUGCUCAAUGGAAAUCACCACUGAUAACAUAUCCAGGAAGAACAGUCAUAUUAUAUUUAGACCUCAUUAAUAGUACGAGGGUGGAGUUACAUCUCCUGCACCUCCCUCUUCUCCCUGAUUACACAUUUUUGUUUUGCAAGAGAAUUGAGAAGUGUACGUCAGUGAAAGAUACACUGUUUUGAAGAAGGGGACACUUGGACCUGUGUGACCGCCAUGCCUUCUUACACAGUGACUGUUUCCACAGGGAGCCAGUGGUUCGCAGGGACGGAUGAUUAUAUCUACAUUACUUUGGUGGGCACGGAGGGAUGCAGCGAGAGAACGCUGCUGGACAAAGCUCUGUACAAUGACUUUGAGAGGGGGGCGGUGGACUCCUAUGACGUGAGGGUUGGGGAGAACCUGGGUGAGGUUUUGUUGGUGAAGAUUGAGAAGAAGAAGUACUGGGUGCAGGAUGACUGGUACUGCAGUUAUAUCACAGUCAAGACUCCAUCUGGAGACUACCUGGAGUUCCCCUGCUUCCACUGGCUGGUGGACGACAAAGAAGUGGUGCUGCGGGAUGGAAGAGCACAUCUGCCUCAGGAUGAUAAGACCAGCCUGGUCAAGCUGCAUAGACAAAAAGAGCUGGAAAAGAGGAGGAAAACCUUCAGGUGGAAGGAGUGGCAGCCAGGCUUCCCGAUGAGCAUAGAUGCUGACAGACACAAGGAUUUGCCCCGUGACAUCCAGUUUGACAGUGAGAAGGGAGUGGACUUCGUACUGAACUACAGUAAGGCAAUAGAGAACCUGUUUGUGAACCAGUUCAUGCACAUGUUCCAGUCCUCCUGGAGUGACUUCGCAGACUUUGAGAGGAUCUUUGUGAGAAUCAAAAACACAAUCUCAGAGUAUGUGAUGCAACACUGGAAGGAGGACUUCAUGUUUGGGUACCAAUUUCUAAACGGCUGCAACCCCAUAAUGUUCCAAAAGUGUAUCAAACUUCCUGACAAGUUUCCUGUCACUCAUGAGAUGGUUUCUGUCAGCCUGGAGAUGGAGCUGACUCUGGAGCAGGAACUAGAGGCAGGUAACAUCUACAUUGUGGACUACGAGGUGUUGGAAGGCAUCAGUCCUAACUGCACAGACCCGUGCACGCUGCAGUACCUGGCAGCUCCGAUCUGUCUGCUCUACAAGAACACUCAGAACAAGAUCCUGCCCAUAGCCAUACAGCUUGGGCAGACUCCAGGGAAAGACCAGCCGAUCUUCCUGCCCACUGAUGGUCAGUACGACUGGCUGCUGGCUAAGAUCUGGGUCCGCUCAGCCGACUUCCAGUAUCACCAGACCAUCACACACCUGCUCAGGACUCAUCUGAUGACAGAGGUGUUUGGUGUUGCCAUGUACAGGCAGCUCCCUGCUGUUCACCCUGUGUAUAAGCUACUUAUCCCACACAUUCGUUUUACCAUGGCUAUCAACACCAAGGCCAGAGAGCAGCUCAUCCGUGAGUGUGGCAUCUUUGACAAGGCAAACGCAACAGGUGGAGGUGGUCACGUCCAGAUGAUUCAAAAGGCCAUGAAGUCUCUGACUUUCAGGUCUCUGUGCUUCCCGGAUAUUAUCAAGUCCCGCGGUGUGGACAACAAGGAGGAACUGCCCACCUACUUCUACAGAGACGAUGGCUACAGGGUCUGGGAGGCCACCAAGAGUUUCGUGUCUGAUGUGGUGCAUAUUUACUACACCAGUGAUGAGACGGUGCAGGAAGACGGAGAAAUACAGGCCUUCAUUAAAGAUGUGUGCAGCUUUGGUAUGCAGGACCUCGAUCAAUGUGAAUUUCCCAAGUUCCUGAAAUCCCGCGAGGAGCUGAUAGAGUAUCUGACCGUCAUUGUGUUCACUGCUUCGGCCCAGCAUGCAGCGGUCAACUUUGGACAGUAUGACUGGUAUUCCUGGAUCCCCAAUGCUCAAUCUACCAUGAGAAGGCCCCCGCCCAACCAGAAGGGUUUGGCAAAUGUGAACUUGAUCAUCGAGAGCCUUCCUGAUCGCGGACAUUCCAGCUGGCACCUGGGGGCCGUCUGGGCCCUCAGCCAGUACCAGGAGGGAGAGGUACUGAAAAACUUACAGUUGGUUUAUUGCGAGAUGGAACGAGAGGAUUGGAUUAAGGAAGUGGAAAGGGGUUCAGGGAUGAGGGGAUAGAGGGGAGCAGUAACGGAAAGGGGAGAGGGGGUCGUGGAAAGAAGGUUGGAGGGGUGCGAUGAGAGACUGCUGGCGUCCGGUGGCUGGAGGGAAUGGCGAGGGUGGAGACUCGAGAGUAGGGGCCCCAAAAGAUAGCUUUGUGAAGAGUGCCGGUGAAUGUUUCAGUUUUCGUG